AUGUCGAAGUCUCAAAUAGCUAGCGCCGGCUACUUCCAGCAGUACGCUUCGCUGACUGCCGAAGAACGAGAGAGUCGACGAGUCAUUUGCGAUGCAAAGAUCGACGAGACUCAAGCUGCCUUUCCUAUCGAGAACGGAUCGUGGGCUUGUCCAGGCUAUGGACAAACCAGAUCCAAGGUCCGAUGCCAUCCAACUUGCGGCCAAGGCUUCCUUCCUGACUGGACAGAGAAGUCGAUUUCAAAGCCGAAAAAAGAUGCCGCCCGAUUUAUGGCUCGAUGCGGGGACCCGGCUACGAUCGUCAGAAAAAAUCUCCCGAUCGGAAUGGAGCUGAAAUGUUCCGCCAAGCCUGCUCAUCCAUGCAUUGCCAGAGCUGCGACGAUUGCUAUCUCGGACGGCAGACUAGAGCUUGCCAACGUGAUCAACAAGAAACGAGCGAGCUACCAGGUUGUCUGCGAAGACGGAAGCGUCAGUGGUCGAGUUCACUGCUUCCAAGGAGUCUUCAACAAUCCCAAAUGGAACAGAGACGCAUGGAAGAGCUCUUGUGUGGGAAAGACAACCACCGUUGUUUUGCCAUCAAAAAAGGCGGGAGGAAUUUAG